AUGCCUAUUCCCUUGAGAGACGGCUCCGUCGUCGGCGAUGGCAGUCAAAUUGGCAUGUUUCCCGUGCUCGCCGAUCAACGCCUCGAUAAGCCUGCCACGCUUCUUCGCACUUCCACCAACCCGCGCAUGGAUCUCGUUCUGCUCAUCGUGCAAGAUGCUGCCGCUCCAUCGAGUGCUGCAGCCACUGCGCCUCCAGGCAUGUCAGCAGCCCAGUUCGCUCUUGUCCAACGAAUGCUCGCCGCUCGUCAACGGGGCGCACAGGCUAACAACAACCGAGGCGUACCCGAUCCUAAGCGUGGGCCUCAGAUCCAUCUCGUUCUCUGGCGUAUGGGCGAUGACAGUAGCGUUGCAUGGUCCGUUGUUCUUGACUUUGACAAGCUCAUGGAUCCAGCCCUGAAUGCGCCGGGAGCAUCGCAGCAAGAGUACGAGGAUGUAAACCUCCACGACGUUGCUUGGAGCCCCCAAGGCGAUCGUGUUGCCGUUUUGGCAAGCGUGAGCAGAUCAGCAGUCGCAUCUACAUCCUCUUCAAGCGCUCGGACCAAGACAUUCCUCCGGACAUACUCGGUCCAGGACGGUCGCCUCCUCUCCACGGUUGCCGUCAGCUCCGCAGGCGAUGCCAAAGCUUUCGAGGAGUCAAUGACAGUCCGAUGGUACGACAUCGACUUUGGUCUAGCAAACGACGCCAUCGGUAGCAGCAGCGAAUCUCUUCUCAUCAAGUUGUCGCCGCUUCCCACGCUACCUGCCGCUGAUACCUUUGCAUCUGCAGGAGGCACUGGUAGUCUCAUGCCGCAUCAGCUCAGGAUGAUGCAGAUGAGCGGCCAAAAGCCCACACCGAGCUUUCAAUUUCCAUCGCAUCUUGCGUUGCAGGGCCGAGGUCCCCUCGCGAAAGUCCCGCACUUGGCGAAGACGGCCACGGAGCUGCGGCUCUUGGAAGGUGGGGAUGCAGCGAUCGCGCUCGAUCCGGACAGUGCGCUGCCAUUGGCGCCAGAGACUAUCGUCCUAGUCGGUCGGCCACAAAGUGCCCAAGUUGAUCUCGUACUGGACGGUCAGAGCAACAUUGGCUCGUUGAAGAUUCCCCAAGAUGCUCAUCGACUUGAUUCAGCCAUGGAGCGAUUCUGCACUCUCUCCCUCUCACACGACAUGCAACGAGUCUUCUCGACCUUCACAGCAGGCAACAUGGCCACUUCAGUUCAUCAAUUACGACUGCCGUUGCCGUUCAACACCCGAUAUGGACCGCUUGACUCGCGUCGCAAAGUGGCCGCUAUCAGCCGCACAAGCCAUCUAUUACGCUUCUAUCUCGGCUACGCACUCGAUGCCGCCUCGGCCUCGCAGCAGGUCUAUCAGCACGAGCUCCUGCAAAAAGUCACCACCGAAUGGACUAAGAACAUCGACGAUCUCAGCCUCAAAUUCGGCGGCGACAUGAGGUACGAGUUGAUCAAUGUCCUCCUCACCGGUCGCGCCGGUCCAGCUGCCGAACAGUUCCUUCUCGGAAACCUGACCGAAGGCGUGCUUACCCGGCUGGAGAAGCAGUCGCAUACGGCCACGUAUGCGCUCAAGAGGCUCAUAUCCGACAGCCUCAGGCCGGCGCUGGAGCGGUGCAUCGUCUGCAUGACCGGUCUUUUGGGUCAGGUGCGGUUCUUGGGCGAGAGCGACGGCAAGUUGCGAGCUGCACUCAGGAUUUUGCAUGCUGCCCUGGACUCGACGUUGAGCCUGGCGAAAGAGGUCGACCUGGAAGCGCUGUUUUCGCAGGAGUUUUAUAGAUGGUGCAGGACCGAGAGGGAGAGGCAGGAGAGGAUCAAGCAAGACCAGGACGAGCCCAGACUGCCCAUUACGUACGAUGUUCAUUACGUGGCAAGCUACAUCGACAGAGGAUUCAAAAACGAGCAGAUCCACGCGAGGAUGGGCAACGACCUUCCGGCCGAAGCGGUGGGUGGAAUCCUAGCUGACAAGGCAAAGCAAGCAUCACUGCAGGGAAUAUUGGAACGGGCGAGGACGUUCCUUGCUGCUCCAGGCGAGGGCAGAGCCAAGAACCAGUUGCAUGAAGAGGUGGCGGAACGGCCACACAAGGCGCCACUGGCAAUCGUGCCCACGCUCACCAGAGCGGUGAAGAUGCUCGGCGACUGUUUAACGCAGCUUCUCGAUGCAAGGCUGGAGGACGCUGUGGUUGAACAAACAAGCUCGCGCGAGUUCGCAAGUUCAGGCUGGAAAUUGGCUCAAGAGCCAGCUCCGGCAUUAUCAUCAUCGUCGUCCUCGGAUCUUCAAGAGCGUACAAAGCGCACAUGUACAGCGUCUGCAAUGUCCGCAAAUACUCUGUUCUCGGCGUAUAUUCUUCGAUCGCAUUCCGAGGAUCCGACGUCAGCCUCUAGCAAGGCCUCCAGCGUCCUUGCUAUUCGUCAAAGCACCUCAUCCGAUUCGAACGAGGCCGCCUUCGUACACUUCUGCAUCACGACCACGGACACCGUCGCGAUCGUCGACCUCGGCUUUUAUGGCGACGUAGAGCUGCUCAUUCUCGCCACGCUGCGCUCUACGUCAGCCGGUGUCUUGCUCGCUUUCAACAUUGCCGAUCUCCCCUUCUCAAGCGGCGGUGGUGGAUUUGUCGAGGUUACACCGACUCGCGCGACAGAGUUUGAACCGGACUUCAAGCCCGCCAGACUCGCGGUCAACACCAACAAGCAGACAGUGGCCGUGAUCGAAGAGGACGGGAAGCGGAUCGUAUACCUGGACAUCUCGGUGGUUGAAAUGCGCGACGUGGCGAUGCAGGAGAUGUGGUGA